AUGAAUUCGUCCCAGGGAUAACUAUUUUUAAAUCGAAGUCCUUGUCACUGCGCAACAGUCUCUCUCACCCGACAGCCAGGGGAAGCAGGCAGGUCCAAAGUAGUAAUGAACACUGUUCUAAAUUUAUUUCUUCGAACCGUGCCUCAUCGCCAGGAGUAAACUGGGCUGUACCAUUAAACGCGGAGUUUUUAUUUGUUCUUAAUUGUGACACUAAUUUCAAGGAUUCGGUGUCGUCAUUAUCAUCCAGCGAGCUGCAGGAAUCACUUGUUUUUUCCCCGCAAAUUGUUAUUCGCAAUGGUGCGCGUGUGCUGUAAUGUUUGAAAUUUCGACAGCGAAAACAAUGCGAGCAAAUGUGUUCAACGAAAUCGACAUUGCAUGGAUUACGGAAUUCUGUUUUGAAACACCGGGUGUAUAAUUUCGAAAACCAUCACGGAUUCAAAAAGCCAAGAAAUGUCAACAUCAAGUGCGGAGGGGUCGGGCUCUCUGUCCCCUUCACCUGUUGCACCAAAUGCUCCAAAAUUCGGUACUCUCAUACCAAACAGAAUCUUCGUAGGUGGAAUAGCAGCUAACACCACCGAAUCGGAGCUUCACCAGCUUUUUGCUGCCUACGGGAAUGUGAAGGCUACGAAGAUCAUACUCGAUCGAGCUGGAGUCUCGAAAGGAUAUGGAUUUGUAACCUUUGAAACAGAGGAAGAAGCGAGAAGAAUACAAAAAGAGGCUGAUAUAAUAUUGAAAGACAAAAAAUUGAACAUUGCUCCAGCUAUAAAGAAACAGCCUUUCGCAAGAGUUUAUGAUACUCCGCCAUCUUUACCAAAUGGGACCAUUCUAUACCCUAACAGCAUACCAGCAGUGACAUACCCGACGAACGGAGUUACAUUCUUCAACCCCCCAGAGAAUGUUUGCACUUUCGGGAGUCCUCAGGCUAAUUUUAAUGUGAUAUAUCCAUCUUCUGUCUACCUCCCACAACAGACUUUCCAGUGCCAUCCAGUGAGCACACCGUACCCGGCAGUGCCUGCUGUUCCUGAAAUGACUCCAUUCAUCCCGGCGCCGCCCCACUACUUCAUUCCCGAACACAACUAUUGAGAACACCAGAGUACCUGGAUUCAAUCAUAGUGCAAGAGUCAAUGGCGUCAUGGAACCGCAGCAUUGCAAUACACAGGGGUGAAUGUGAGACGGAAGAUUUUAAUGGAACACCAAAAAGGUUUUGGCUCAUCUUUGGACGCUGAAUGAUGUCUUCAUAUGUUUUGUAAACCUGAUAUACUCAGUGCAUGUCUAUCACAGGAUUAUUGUUUUAUAUUGUUUAAAAUAAUUAGUUUUGUUGCGAUACAUUUUUGUCCUUUAAAAUCAUUUCUAUAAAAUUAUGAAGAAUGUUUGCAUCCACUUUGACGUAAGCAACUUUAUAAUUUUGGAGAGACAAGAAAAUAUUUCUUCUCAUCUUGAGUUACUUUUGGAAAGCAGCCAGUCUAUGAGCUGAUGAUUCAAAAGUAAAGAAAAGCACAAAGUAUGCGGGUUCAACCUUGAAUUGUGUUCAUUGUUUACAAAUAAUUUUUUUAUCUUUUGAUUUAGAAAAGAAUAUAUAUCAAUUAACUCAUCGCCUUAAAGUACAGAAAGUGACCACGUUCAACGACACCAGUGGAGACAUUAUUUCUUUGAAAAACGCUGUUAUAUUACUUCAAAAGAUGAAAUAAGAAUAAAGUAUUUGUCAUUUUAUUUAUUUUAUUACACCCCCUAUUAUCGAAUAUAUUAAAACAUAUUAACAUUUUCAUGUGUUUCACGUAAUAAUGCUGUUUUUGUCAAACGUUAAUGUACUAAUUCUAUGUAUGAAUAUUUAUGUAUAUAUUGUAUUUACUGUCUUGUAUAUGUGUAAAAAAAAUAAAAUUUACGCACCAUACUGA